GUGUCUUGUUUGUUCUUCUGCCUUCCUCUCGACAUGUGUAAACAUAUUCUAAACGCACAGGUCUCCAUUCGAGCACCAUGCUGCCAAAAGUGGUACGACUGUCCCGAGUGCCAUCAGGAAGUAUCGGAUCAUAACCUACGAAAAACCGUGGAAAUGGUGAUGGCGUGUAAAAAGUGCAAAAAGGUAUUUCGGAAAGAUAUGAGCAAUUAUGAGGAAGAGGACGAGUAUUGCCCAAAUUGUGAUAAUCACUACGUGAUCGAGGCGAAAACACCUCAAAUGGGAAUUGGAAUUGAAGGCGAUGAUCCACGAUUGGUCAAGGAUUUUAGAAAGAAGCAGGCGCAGAUAGUUGAGGAAGAUUUCAUGUCGGAUCGGUUGGGAUGAGACUGGUCUGGGGGGUAUUGGAUUUGGCGGUACGGGUAGUGCUGGCACUUGCGGUAUGCCGAUAUUGGUUACAUAAAGUACAAAAACAAUAGUAAUACUAAGAACACAUUCAGUGAAAGCUUAUUCCGCCUCACAUUCGGGUGACAGUGGACUCUAUGUAUUGCGAUCCUGUUCUUCCAGAUACUGCCGAAUAGCAGUAGAACUAAUCUUCAACCUCAUGUUAUCGCGAUCAACGUUGGCAGAUUUGGG